AUGUGCACCACGGAGAUGACAGAAUCGUACACGAUGUCACCGUCGACGACGGUAUCUUCCAGCGCCACGACGCCCGGCUGCCUAGGAUCGCCAGCUCCCCGACGGACACCUUGCAAAGGCUCUCCCGGCCGUGGCGACGUUCAAGACGACGAGGACGAGAUCUCUGUCGGUUGCCCCAGCCCUUUACCCCUCGUAGUUGUCGCUCCGAGCGCCGAGGAAGACGAGAGACUCUCUCAGUCGAGAGAAGAGUACGUGGACAGACUGAGUCCUCGAAGAAGCUACCCGAGAGACACUAUGAUCGACGACGAGGACAGUUACUCGCGCAGCGGUGACUACAGGAUGUCGAACGGCAGAGGUUUGCGUGCCCACGAGAGCAGCGGUGGUGAUUCCGUGACCACGUUGAGAGACGACGACGAAGACGAAGAGGACGAGGAGGAGCUGGACAGUCGGACGAGCAGUAACGGUGCUUCGGCGGCUGGUGCCACGGACGAUUACUUCAAACCCUUGAAACGACUGAAGAUGGUGCAGAUGCAGAACUCGGACGAGGAAGACGACAGGGACAGAGACACGAACGAACGAGGAGUGAAGUCUUUCAGCAUCCUAGACAUUCUAUCUCACAGACCUAAGGCGAAGAUCGUUCGUCCCUGGGACACGGUAGAAUCGAACCUCAACCAUCAUCAUCAUCAUCGUCACCAUCUUCAUCAGCAGCAACAGCAGCCUCACCAUCAACACCAUUUGCACCAUCACCAUAAUCAUUCCACAGCGCCCAGAGAUCUGUCUCUGAUGGGCAUGUCUCUGGCCUCUAUAUCGGGGUCCAUCAGUGAACCACCUCUCAGCAGCUCAUCUUCUUCCGGAAGAAGCUCCGUUUCCGACUCUGGAAGUCCCGAUCCUCUGGCGCAUCAUCAUCACAGUUUGCAUCACGGCAUGCAUCCCGGCCUCCAUCAUCCGGCGUUGCAACAGCAACAACAGCAGCAACAGUUCAAGAGGAAACCGUCUCAGCAGCAUGGGUCCCAGAGCGGACACCAUGGGAAGAGGACGACAGGUCAGGGUAGCCCUUUGGACGCCCUGUUUCAAAUGACGAGCAAAACAUUCGACGCUGGCGAGCACAGUCAAGAGCAAGCGAACCACCUGAACUUGUUCAACAACCGACAACAGCCGAAGAAGAAGCGCAAGAGUCGGACGGCGUUCACGAAUCAGCAGAUCUUCGAGCUGGAGAAGCGGUUCCUCUAUCAGAAGUACUUGAGCCCGGCCGACAGGGACGAGAUCGCCGCUCAAUUGGGUUUGAGCAACGCUCAGGUGAUCACGUGGUUCCAGAACAGGCGGGCGAAGUUGAAGAGGGACAUGGAAGAGUUGAAGAAGGACGUGCAAACGGUGAAUCCACUGUUGGUCGCUCAGCAUCACAAAACUUUCCUGGAGAACGUUCAGGAUCUUGGAAUACUGAAGAAGAGGCCUCUGCCUAACAGCAUGGACGAGAAAUCGUAG